CUAGACGUCAGGUCAUUUCAGUACAGCGGGCUGUCUCAGGUCACACAGUGGGAAGUGAAAGUACAGUUGUCGCAAACAUGGCUAGUAGAAUUCUCCUCCGAACUUGCAAAACUAUCCAAUUAGCCAGAAUUAAUGUUCCGAUGAGAUUGCCACAAAGGGCAAUGACCGCAGGAAAAGGUAUACCUACAGAUGAUGAACAGGCGGCCGGUUUGGAGAGGCGCAUUCUGCAGUCGCUGAAGAAGGGAAAGGAUCCUUACAGCAUCCUCAAACCAAAACACUAUGCUGGCACAAAAGAGGACCCACACAUUGUUCCCAGCACUGGAACCAAGCGUAUGGUCGGCUGUCUUUGUGAGGAGGACAACACACAGAUCGUGUGGUUCUGGGUUCACGAAGGGAAACCUCAACGUUGCCCCUCCUGUGGCUCCCACUAUAAGCUGAUCCACCAUGACCUGCCUCAUUAGAUGGUCUCUCCGAGUGCAGACCACGACCGCCUGGACCACAACCAGCUCGAGGGACACUCCCGACUCUGAUGGUGGUGUCCACUGUAAAAGAAUGUGCAUGUACUGCUUACUUCAUUAAAGUGCUUCUUAUGCUACAAAGGAAUGUCUUUAUGGCGAUUUAUGUCAUUAAGCUCCUGUUCAUUGAAACACUUGCGCACUUGCAAAGACAGUCAAGUCUUCCUCUGUAUAUUAACGGUAAAUAAAAUGAAUUUAAUAUUAA